AUGGUUUUGCCGCUUUGGAGGAUCACCGUUGCGUUCUUAUUGAAGACAGUAGGGGCAUUUGAUUGUGAUGAGACGGCGGAAAAUCUAACAGCUCGCCAUGAGGGAAGUUGUCCGGAGAAAUGCGAAACUGGCAAUGUUUAUGCUCACCUUGCGCUAGAAAAAGAAUCGGAAGAUGCAGCCCCCCUCGAGUACGCUCUUAUCAGUUCGAUAUGCAAGGCUGCUGAACAUUUUGGAGUGCCCUUUGGUGAGUCGUUUUCAAUCGAAGCGACAACAAAAAAGACAAAGAAAAUUUCACGCGUCUUCCGGAAUGGGAUCAUGUCCUCGGUCACUGCCAAUCAGCGCACUUUCGCCAUUUCUAGGGACGGUGCCAGGUGCUUUUCGAACAUUGCAGCGGGCGUGAAAGCAGUAGACUCAGCACCGCACGAUCCUGCGAAGCAACAAGAGCUAGUGGAUAGCAUUAGCGCAAAAAGUGAUGCGGACGAACUCGAUAAUUCAAAAACCGGCAUAUUUUCAUUUUUGGUGCGAGAACAGAACUUCACGCUCAAAGUCGGACUCACGCAAGAUCAUUAUUUGAACGGUCUCCGAUUUACCACGGCGAUGCAGGAUGAGCAAAUAGUCUACUGUAGAACUCUGCAGUUGAAAUGGAUAGCCGAAGGGGGUAAAUUGGAGCAUGCGGAAGUGCCGAUGUUUCACCACGAUCAGUUCGAGAAUAGACUCACCAAACUGAGGAACAAAAUUGCUUUUGUUGAUUUGGAUCUUGUCGCAAAGAGGAUAGAGCUUGCUCCAACAGAUUGUUACAGAAUCGCGGAUUACGAAUCGCAAGAAGAAAAAACUAAUCUAAUGCAGCUUCGAGUUGCAUUUCUCGGCUGUCCUAAAACUCUCAGCCCUCCGACAGAAUCGACAGAAAGCUAUUCUAUAUCGACAGCAGCCCUGCUGGACAAUAAUCUACUGAUCGGUAUUAUUGGAGGCUGCUUUUUGCUAUUGACAGUACUUGUCAUUGUGGCUGCCGUGCGCUGCAGGGCUCAGCAGAAAGAAAUGGUCAAGAACUACGAGAGGUUGACACUGAGAGUGAUCGACAAUCUGAAAGAAUCACAAGACGGGCGCAAAAUGGCAUCACAGUCGCUGGAACGGCGUUUGCCAACGGACUCACUGCCGGAACCGAAACCGAUUUUCAAAAGCGAAAGCCACGGGGAUCUACUAAUGAGCCGCGUCUUGGCCAACAACGACGAUCGAAUCUACGACUCCCUCGACGACCUGGAACGUGUGCUUUCCCAGGCAGAAGAUGAUACUGAAAAGAAAGUGCUUCCUCCUCCAAAACCCGCUCGUAAGAAAAAAGCGAGAGAGGUGCGAUCGUCUUCCCCGAAAAAAAUGAGCGACUUACCGGAUGUCACUCAAACUUACAGUAAGCUAAAGCGAGAAAAAGUGGCCGGAUCAUACGACCAGCUCGAGUUCUGA